UGGGUGUAUGAUGGCUCCUGUCAACAGUGUUUUAAUGGGGGUGAAUGAUGACAUGUGUUACCGCGCUUUAAGGGGUCGGAAGAGCGCUAUACAAGUAUACAGACCAUUUAACUGAUUUAUAAAGGGCAAAAGGUUAUUCUGUCUGAUAUACAUCAUGGUGGAACAUAUCUUCCUGAGUUAACUGAAAUAAGAAGAUUAUCUUUUCUAUCAGUACAUCACGGUUUUCGGGUUUUAAGGCGUUUACCGCAUGCAUGCACAGCAGGUUGCUAGGCAGUGUGAAGGUGAAGCUGAUGACGUAAGCGAUCCCCCAGCAGGCCAGAUCGUCCCAUUUCAGGGGGCCGCUGGGUUCAGCCAAUGCGGUUGACGAUAGACUCAGCCCAGGUAUACCGCGAAAGCCGGAUCCUAGAAAGGUGCAACCAAACCGGUUUCCCGCGAACAAUUGCGCCGCUCCCACGGUCACAGACUGAGGUCCCUCCUCGACUGCCUGCUCCGGAGGUUUUUUGAGCGCCAGGCGCUCAGUGUUGAAGUCGAGUCCUGCCGCGAUGGAGAACUUCAUACAUUUCGUCUUGUCUCUGUCCGCCGCCGUCUUCUUCGGGAUCGCGUCCAUAGUGUUCGUGGUCGUGUGGGUGAGUCACUUUGGAGAAGGGGUCGCCUGGGAUGCAGGAAUGGCGGAGUUCAACUGGCAUCCCGUCUUGGUCGUCACCGGAUAUAUUUUCCUCCAGGGAUUGGCCAUCGUUGUCUACAGAAUCCCGUGGACUUGGAGGUUCAACAAACUCACGAUGAAGUUCGUUCACGCAGGCUUGCACUUACUCGCCUUCAUCUUUGCUGUCAUAGCUAUGGCGGCCGUUUUUGAUUUCCACAAUGCUAGCGCAAUCCCCAACAUGUACAGCUUGCACAGCUGGUUGGGCCUGGUAGCUUUGACACUGUUCUGUCUACAGUUUGUUCUUGGAGUUGGCAUCUACUUGAUACCAGUUACACCUGCAUCCUGGCGAGCAGCGUUCAUGCCCCUCCAUGUCUACUCUGGUCUUUUACUCUUUGGCAGUGUGAUAGCUGUAGCGCUCAUGGGCUUCACAGAGGAACUCCUUUUGGGCCUGGAUAAUCCGCAGUACAAGGACUCUCCCCCAGAGGCCAUUUUUGUGAAUGUUCUGGGAUUCCUCUUGGUUGUUUUUGGAGCUCUCAUCGUCUGGAUUGCCACUCGCCCGGCUUGGAAACGCCCCAGUGACCAGGUCCUGCCCAAUCUGCGCAGCGACGGGCUAAGGGUCGAAAACAGCAAUGUCGGUUCAGCCAUGGCCGAGCUAUCAAAUGGAGCUGAUGGGGAGACGUGGGGGGAUGUCAGGAAGAGGAGUGGCAAUCACUGAUUACAACAGGACAGGCUCUGAGUCGAGAGUGUCUCUAGUCUCAAAUGUAUUUACUCACAAUUUACAAUAGUCAGAGGAGGUAAAAUUGGUCAAUUAUUCAUGCUGAUUAUUCUUUACAGGACUAUCAUGUGUGGCUUGAAGUAGGUGUUGGAUUUUGUUUGUAUUCGUUUUCUUUGAAAUGUAUGUCAGCAAAUGCUAAUACUGCUGAAUUCAUAAUAAGAUUAAUGUGAUGUGGCAACUAUCUACAAUGCAAAUAUUUAGAAAGUUUGCAUACUGCUAAAUUCUU